UCCUGUGGUCUUGCAUCAUGGAGGCUGGCAGUAAAUCCAGCAGUCAACAGAUUCUGUGGAAAGAUGUUGAGAUGGAAAAAGAGAAGAAGGCCAAGUACCACACGUACCAGCGAGUGGCUCUGGCUCUGGCUCUGGUCUUCCUUUUUCUGGCUCUCGGUGUUUUCAGCCUGAGAUAUCUAUGGAGCCCCAGUCUGGGGAAGGUGUAUGACCACCAUUACAAAGCUGUGUUGGAUGGAGUGGAGAGAGACGGCAUGAUGGAGAUUGACCCAGUACAGCGCAUUGAGAUUUUCAGAAUUGGAAACGGCAGCGAGGAGGUACUUGAAGUGCACGACUUCAAGAAUGGAAUCACUGGGAUCCGGUUUGCCGAACAUCAGAGGUGCUACAUCAGGACCCAAACCAGGCAACUACCCACAGUGGCAGAGGUGGAGGCUGAGGAUGCAGAGCUACUGGUGGAUGAGACAGAGGCCAUGGAUUUGAAGGUGGAAGACUCCCAAGUGUGGGUUCCUGCUGAGGAGCCCAUCGUUAACCCGGCCUUCCUCUUUGGCUCCAAGAUCUGGGAGAUUUGCCAAGAGCUGCCCAUCCAUUGGAUCCAUCCUUCCCCUCUGAGCGAUGCUGAAGUGGGAAAUGUGGACGCGCCCGACGCCGAGGUCACAGGUCAGCGUUUCGCCCGCGACAUCCUGGACCACCCUCCUGUAAAUGACUACAGGGAGGUUGGGAUUGAGCUGGAUAACCGUCUGGAUGACAACGGCUACUGCUGCCAGCACUGUCGCCGUGGUUACCGCUUCUGUCGCCGCUACUACGAGCCCCUGGGAGGCUUCAACCCGUGGCCUUACUACUACCAAGGAGGACGGGUCAUAUGUCAGAUUGUCAUGCCUUGCAACUGGUGGAUCGCCCGCAUGAUGGGGAGGAUCUGAGGAGGGCGCGGUGGUCUGUGUCCGUAUGGGAUUUAAACUGUUUAUGACGUUAUAGGUGCAAAUUCUGCUUUUAUCUCCCAGACCACUUAAGAGACCAAAGCAGUCCAUUGCACACAAUUAUUAUCCAAUCUGUAUGUUGACCCACUUAGUAUUAGUCUGUUGAAGCGUUCUUAAAAAGCAUUGCUUGUUUACUGCUCAAACAUACAAUUAGAACAUGAUUCAUAUUCAGACUAAGACAAAUUGAGGGAAACAAACAAACCUAAAGUAGAUAUAACAGAACUAGAGGAAGCUUUUGUUCCUGGCUUUAUAGAUAGGAAUUCUUUAAUCUUUUUUUUAAGAUCAUGUUAAACUAAGGAGGUACAGUAUAAUUGAAGAUGCACAAACGUCAGCUGUCUUUUGUGAUGUUGUUCCUGUUGUCUCAUGCUCCAUUGUUUUCCAUCGUGUUGCAAUCCACAAAAUGCUUAAAAUAGUGCUUCUGUUAAAACAGUUUCUUCUUUGCUGAGGCGAUUUUAAUCUGCAACACCACAUCUCAAUCUGUCGAGCUGAAAUAAAUCUCAUCUGCGAGUAUCAAGCGAGAUAUACAUUUGCUAUUGAUGUUCUGUCAUCAGAAUAACAAGGUGCAUAAAUGCCCAAGAGUAUUCAAGCACAGUGAGCUAUUCAAAAGUUGAACAGAGAGACGGAAAAUGGAGCACUCAUGUUGUCAUAGUUUGCUUUGAAGCCUUCUGUAGGUUUCAGUCUCUCGACUUCUUUUCCAAUUAAAAUUUAAAUGUAUGAAAAAUCGGAGUUUUCCUAUUAUAUGAAACAAUAUGAAACAUGACAAUGCUGAAGAAAUGUGUUUUUUAAUCUGACUCAUGCAAUGCAUAUAACAGGCAGACCUUCUCUCUUCUCCAUUAGUCCCAUCGCUCAUUUGCAAAAUGAUUUACUGUCAGAAAUACGAGCCGUGCAUGCUUUUAUUGUUUCUUUCAUCACCUUUGUCGCUCUUGUGUAUCUGAUGCAUAAUAAUGCAUUGUUAUAUAUAAAAGCACCUAUCCUGCUAAGUAAAGCUGGAUGCUGACUCAUCUUGGCUCAGUGUGAUAAUAAUGUCAGUGAUAUCAAUAAUAUUUGGCAGCAAAAAGGAAUUUUGUAAAAAAGAGGGCGAAACAUAUUACUGUAUAUAAAUGUUUUAUGGAUCUGCUCAUAAAUGGAGUUCAGACUGAAACCGUAUUGUUAUUUUUAAAUCAAUAAUGUCAAUCGCUUAAAGCAACGUGUCAAGUUGAAAUUUGUAGCAUGAGUUAACAAAUGUAAUAAUUGCAAACAUACAUCAAAUAAACUGACAAGUGUACAGCAGCGGCCCUCGAGGCAUUUAUGAAAAGUUCAUAAAAUCAGUGUUUGUAUUAUUCAUUUCUUACUAAGUCCCCGUUAUCACAACAAAUAGUCGAGUGUAAAACGAACGCAUACAGCGUGUUCGUUGUUGCUGCUGCUGCUGCUGUUGGAGAGCUUCUGCUUUCAUAAUAUUGGGAAAGAGUGUAAAGUGUUAUUUUUUGUAAGAUGCUGUUAGUUGUCUAUCUGCCAAGGUCUCUGAGGACUUCGAGGACUCUUUUGUGAAGUCAUGAGAGUAAAUCGCCAUGGAAGCCCUGCGAGUCAAUCUGAAAAGGACGGCUCCCCCUGACUGGAGAGGAUGAUACUGAUAUUAAAGCUCCUCGUGCCUGAUGGGACAAAAGUCCAAUAUUAACCAUGAAAGUCAAACGUCUCACAAUUAAAAAUCACGGAUGAGGCUCAGAGAAGACACUGAAUGGUGGCGACACUGCAGUUGCACUUGUAUGCGAGUAAAAAGUAGAUCCCGGUCCAGUUGCAUGCUAAAAUGUGGAUCCACGUCUUGGUAUGCGAUACACAAAUCUCAAGAGGUCAUUGAAAGCAUCUUGAGGAAACCAGUUGAUAUGUUAUAUACAGCAACACAUCUACAGCUUUUGAAGCAGGUUUGCAUUCAGUGUUCAUGGUUUCCUUUUCAAAUAAAAUGUGAACAAUAUGAGUACAUUUUAA